GGGUCAAAACCUUUUCCCUGUCCUGUCUGAGCAGGGUGGUGUCAGCAUUCAGAACUGGGACUGUCUUCAUAGACACCAGUUUUGGAUUAAAACCAGGGGAGUAGUGGAGAUGCACUUGGGCUGCUCUCGCUGCUUGUGGUGACCUCCAAAGAACAGCCAGAAACACCUGGUAAUUCUGAGCAGACUUCAUUUAAACUUGCUUUCCUCUGCAGAUUAUCUGUGCACUCCAGAGGAAAAUGUUUACAAGAUAGACUUCACCAGGUUCAAAAUCCGGGACAUGGAAUCUGGCACGGUUUUGUUUGAAAUCACCAAACCAGCAGCCUCAGACGACUGUGACGGAGCUUUGCUUUGCGCUUUUCCAGAACGUGAACACAAUGACAGGAAGGACAUUGACCCCAAUGCUGGACGGUUUGUACGCUAUCAGUUUACCCCAGCUUUUCUUAGACUCCGGCAAGUGGGAGCCACGGUGGAGUUCACAGUAGGAGACAAACCCAUUAAUAACUUCCGCAUGAUUGAGAGGCACUAUUUCCGGGACCAAUUGCUCAAGAGUUUUGAUUUUGAAUUUGGGUUCUGUAUCCCCAGCAGUAAAAAUACUUGUGAGCACAUCUAUGAAUUCCCACAGCUCUCUGAGGAUCUCAUUCGAGAGAUGAUCCUUCAUCCAUACGAGACACAGUCGGACAGUUUCUACUUUGUGGACAACAAGCUCGUGAUGCACAAUAAGGCAGAUUAUUCAUACAGUGGAGGACCUUAAGCACAGGAUGGACAGCCAACCUGCGCUGGCCUUCCCUUUCCUAUCGAAGUCGUCAGGGAUACCAACACCUUCAGUUCUGUUGCCUACAACAUCAACUGGACAAGGAUCCACAAACCAAGGACUCUUUGCCACAGUAGGAGUUUCAUGACUAAAUUUGCCAGUCUCACCUUUUUCUGAGCUUUGAAGCAGACCCAAUUCUUCAGACCUUUAAGCGGUUCUACAAUGCUAAAUGAUCUUUGGAUACCACUUCCCUGAGUUCUUUAAGUGUCUGCUUUGAAAAUGGCCUUGUGGGACCUGGGAGAUUUUGCCCUAAUUCUGAGGAUUUGUGUUCUUGCCCUCAAGUAUCUUUUUAGGACAUGUUUACUUUCUCAAAGAAUGUAAUCUGAGAAACCACGUGAGUGGAUGGAUGCAAAUGCAGAGUUUUGGUUUUUUUUUUGUUUCUCGUUUGAAUGCUUCAAAGGUAUGGCCAAUUUAACUUGCACAUCCAGCUGAAAAUGUCAAACAUAACAUCUUACAACGGCAAGUUUCAUCUUUAGAUUAGUUCUGUAAAUAAGCAUCUCAUCCUUUCGUUUUGUUCCUUCUGUGUAAUAAUCUGUUUAAUCUUGGGAACACCGAAACUCACAAUGAAGACCAGUAGUUCGAUGACAGAGCAGUUUUUAAUUGGGUACUGUCCUUUUACAUUUCAGACGAAGGCAAAAUAGCAUCGAGGGUCUGUGAACCUCCGUUAAGUGUUUUCCAUUCAUUUCAGUUUUUGCAAACUGAUUGCAGAAUAAUCAGGAAAAAUGGAAGGAUUUUAGCAUUAUUUAACAUAUUUACAUAGCUAACAUUUCAGCCUAUUCGUGCUGUAUGUUUUCAAUGUCUAUUUUCUUUCAUCUCUGCUCAAUACUAAGAUAAGGGCUUCAGCACUGCUUGUUAGAGCAAUGCUUUCAUUUCUCUAGGGCAGUUGGAGAGUGUGGGAUUUCCAAUUUUCCAUUUGUCUCUGAAUUUGAAGAAUGUUACGACAGUGUUUCCCUUUGUUAAAAAUGUUUCUCACUGGAUAUUAAUGCAGGUGAGACAAUAAGUCUAAUAAUGUAGGACUUUAAGGCACAGCAAAAAUUUAGCAAGAGCACUGUCUUCACACUGUCAGAAGUUUAAGACCAAUUUUGCCCAAGUUUCUCAGCGUGUGCUUCUUGGAAAGAGAGAAGUGCAGAGACAUACCAACAUCAAAAGGGUAAACUCGUGUACGCAAAACAAAACCUGAGGAGGCUGUGUGGGGUAGCCUGUUGUCAUGAAACCCUUACUCUAAAGGUCAGUUCACUGAUACUUCAAAAAAAAAAAAAAAAAAAAAAGACUGUAGAUAUUUCUAUAAA